ACGAUUCAGUUUCGCACGAGCAAGACGCGCAGGCAAACGCUGCCCUCGCAUUUUAGUUGAUCGCCGUCACUCGCGCACGACGCAUGGCCAACGCAGUGCUACGUAGAUCUUAGACGAUACAAUUUGUGAAAAUCAUUUUAUUAGAAUUUUAUUUUUACGAUCAACUGUAAUUACCGCGCUUUCACCUUGCUUCGAUCUUCGUAGUUCUAUUUUUCAUACUCUCUUCCUUUGUUCUUCUUUCGUUUCGUCUAAUUGUAUUCCAUUCAUUCGAUUCAUCGACAUUGAAAAUAACAUUCGAUGUUAUACGUUCCCGCGUGUCUUUUUCGACGACUUUGACAAAUUCAUUUUUGUCGAGUUUGCGUAAUUAAAGAUUCGAUUGGUUCUGAGAAUUUGACGCGUUGGUCAGGUCUGAAGUCUAUUAGAGAUAUCUUGGGUUACUGAAAGUCGGUAAUCGAUAGAGGUUUGAAGAGGAGGAUCGGUCUGGUGUGCUCGUCUCGAGAUACAUACCGAUGUGUUUGAUGCGCGAGGGCUGACAGCAAAGCGGAGCGAAACUCAAAAUCGCGCGAUCGAGAGAGUAUCUCGAGAAACAUCUGUUCUGUGCGGCGUGGGAAAGAGAUAGCACACAUUAACGAAAGUAAAAAGUGAACGAAUUGCAAAGAAAGAAAAUAGCUGCAAAACCAGGCAGUGAUAUGAAGAAAACGCAAACCAACAGUUAUGCGGAAGUGAAUGGCAAGCAAGUCUCGAAUGGUAAAGAAGAUGUUGUCGACAAUGGUGAUGAGGUCGAUGCCGUGCAAGAAGCUAUCGGAAAUCUUGGCAGAUGGCAAAUAUACGUUUGUCUGGCAAUUUCUCUGGUCAAGUUCCCGAUCGCUUGGCAUCAGCUCGCGAUCGUCUUCAUGGCGCCACAUCAAAAUUUCAACUGUACCUCGCCAGCACGCACGGAAACGUCUGACCAGUGCGUAGUCAAUGUCAAUGGUACGUUGGCAGAGUGCACAGAAUGGGAGUACGACAGGAGCACGUUCACUGAGACAAUAAUAUCGCAGUGGAAUUUAGUAUGCAGUCGAACGCAUUACGCUAAUAUCCAGCAAUCUAUUUUGAUGUUUGGCGUACUUUUGGGCAAUAUCAUAUUUGGCAAUAUAGCAGAUAGGUACGGCAGAAAAAUGCCGCUGAUGAUAGCAGUAGUUCUUCAAUUAGUUUCCGGUAUCGGAUGUGCUGUCGUGCCAUGGUUUCCAGCACUGUUAUUAAUGAAAUUGCUUAGUGCUUUAGCUACCGGAGGCACGAUGGUUACCAGUUACGUCAUUUGUAUGGAGAUUGUUGGAACACAAUGGCGUGCAGCCAUCACAGUACUGUAUCAAAUUCCAUUUAGUUUGGGUCACAUGUCACUAGCCGGAUUUGCAUUUUUAUUUCGUCACUGGCAACAUCUUCAAAUCGCCAUCACGUUACCCUCUAUCAUUCUCUUAAGUUAUUGGUGGGUCGUACCUGAAUCUCCUAGAUGGUUGCUCGCCUUUGGAAAGCAACGAGCAGCUUGUAGGAUUUUACAGAAGGGUGCCAAUAUUAAUCAAAUUAAAAACAAGGACAUUCCAGACAUGGUCAGAAAACACUGUUUGCAGCAGAAUUCCAAACGAUCACAUUUGGAUUAUAAAGCAUCGUUCUUGGACCUGUUUCGCACGCCCAACAUGAGGAUAAAAUCGCUGUCGAUUUUCUUCAAUUGGAUCGUUUGCGGGAUGGGGUUGUUUGGGAUGUCUCAAUAUAUAGGACAAGUCGGUGGAAAUAUAUUCAUAAAUUUCACUGUUUCUGGCGCCAUACAGAUACCUGGAAAUUUCGUUGCUUGGUGGGCAAUGAACAAACUUGGUAGAAGGAUCACCUUAAUUUGUAGUAACUCGAUCGCUGGCGUUGCGGCUCUUUUGCUCAUCAUUGUCUCAGAUGAUAUCGCGUGGCUUCGAUUAAUUCUAGUCUGCUCGGCCAUCGUUGGCAUGUCUGUCUCUUUCACCACUGCUUAUCUAUUUUCCGGUGAAUUAUUCCCCACGGUCAUUAGGAACAUCGGUGUGGGUACCAGCAGUAUGUGCGCCAGGAUAGGCUCUAUUUCAGCACCCUUCAUAGUAUCUUUGGAUCACCUUCAAACUUGGCUUCCACCAGCUUGUUUCGGGAUCCUUCCACUCAUCGGUGCCGCGCUUUGCUUUUUAUUGCCAGAAACAGUUGGAUGUACACUGCCAGAGACGCUCGAAGACGGCGAAAAUUUUGGAAAGAAACCCCAUAAAAUAAAGAAGAAUCCAAAAGACAUCGAAGCAGAAGCGGCGCUUUGAACGAAGACUGAGAUUAACUGUUAUUACUUAGAGAUUAUUAAAGAAAAUUAGGAAAAAAAUUGCGUGGAGAAGUAACAAAAUCGGAAACGUGGCGUUUUAUAAAGAAAUUAGCUGUAUAUAUAAAUGACACUGAGAGCAUUCCUCUUUUUUUAUUUAUUAUAUUAUUAUAUCCACAAUUUUAACGAUGUCGGUGUUCUCCUUCACACGUAUCGAAGCACAUCGACUUCAUUUCCCGACAAAUUUUUUACUUAUUAUUAAUAGCUGACAAACUAAAUCAGUAUAUACAUUCGUUCGUAUGGAAACAAAACUAAAAGAGUAGUACAAUUAUUCUAAGGCGUUUUAAAGAUGUUUUUCAUAUCGAAAAGUUUUAUAAGAAUCGAAGAACGUUACUUACCGGCGAAUGUAACAAUUGCGAGUAGAGUGCCUUAUAUCAUUUGUAUGUAAAUGUCUAAAUAGAUCAUAUAUUUUAUAAAA